GGCGAAACAGAACUGAAAGAAACGGAAAGCAGAGUUCCUUGAACGUAAAUAGCAGGAUUGGAUUUUACAAAGUAGGUAAACAACUCUACGCAUGCUUUACACUAAUAGCAUAGUUGGAACUACCGUUAACUUUAUAGGCUACCUUGAAAAAUGGUUUGAAUGGUGUUUUAUACUGUUUAUCUGUAGGUGUUUAGUUUUUUUUACUCAAUUCAAUACACUUCAUUCUAUACUCAACAAAAAUAUAAACGCAACAUGCAACAAUUUCAAAGAUUUUACUGAGUUUUUCGAAGAUUUGUCACAAAAAUAAGCACGAAUACCACGUUCAUAUUAGGAAAAAAGUCAAUUGAAAUGAAUUCAUUAGGCCCUAAUCUAUGAAUUUCACAUGACUGGGAAUGCAGAUAUGCACAGAUACCUUUAAAAAAAGGUAGGGGCGUGGAUCAGAACCAGUCAGUAUCUGGCGUGACCACCAUUUGCCACAUGCAGGGCCACACAUAUCCUUAGCAUAGAGUUAAAUCAAAUCAAAUCAAAUCUUAUUUGUCACAUGCACCGAAUACAACAGGUGUAGACCUUACAGUGAAAUGCUUACUUACACGCCCUUAACCAACAAUGCAGUUUUAAGAAAGAAUAAAUACAAAAAUCACAAAAAAUACAAAAUUUAAAAAUAUAAAAUAAAAGUAACAAAUAAUUAAAGAGCAGCAGUAAAAUAACAAUAGCGAGGCUAUAUACAGGGGGUACCGGUAUCGAGUCAAUGUGCGGGGGCACCGGUUAGUCGAGGUAAUUGAGGUAAUAUGUACAUGUAGGUAGAGUUAUUAAAGUGACUAUGCGUAGAUAAUAAACAGAGAGUAGCAGCAGCAUAAAAGAGGGAGAGGAGGGAGGGGGUAAUGCAAAUAGUCUGGGUAGCCAUUUGAUUAGAUGUUCAGUAGUCUUAUGGCUUGGGGGUAGAAGCUGUUUAGAAGCCUCUUGGACCUAGACUUGGCGCUCCGGUACUGCUUGCCGUGCGGUAGCAGAGAGAACAGUCUAUGACUAGGGUGGCUGGAGUCUUUGACAAUUUUUAGGGCCUUCCUCUGACACCGCCUGGUAUAGAGGUCCGGGAUGGCAGGAAUCUAGGCCCCAGUGAUGUACUGGGCCGUACGCACUAACCUCUGUAGUGCCUUGCGAUCAGAGGCCGAGCAGUUGCCAUACCAGGCAGUGAUGCAACCAGUCAGGAUGCUCUCGAUGGUGUGUUGGACCAUGUUAGUUUGUUGGUGACGUGGACACCAAGAAACUUUAAGCUCUCAACCUACUCCACUACAGCCCCGUCGAUGAGAAUGGGGGUAUGCUCAGUCCUCUUCUUUUUCCUGUAGUCCACAAUCAUCUCCCUUGUCUUGAUCACGUUGAGGGAGAGGUUAUUGUCCUGGCACCACACGGCCAGGUCUCUGACCUCCUCCCUAUAGGCUGUCUCAUCGUUGUCGGUGAUCAGGCCUACCACUGUUGAGUCAUUAGCAAACUUAAUGAUGGUGUUGGAGUCGUGCCUGGCCAUGCAGUCAUGAGUGAACAGGGAGUACAGGAGGGGACUGAGCACGCACCCCUGAGGGGCCUCUGUGUUGAGGAUCAACGUGGCGGAUGUGUUGUUACCUACCCUUACCACUUGGGUGCGGCCCAUCAGGAAGUCCAGGAUCCAGUUGCAGAGGGAGGUGUUUAGUCCCAGGGUCCUUAGCUUAGUGAUGAGCAUUGAGGGCACUAUGGUGUUGAACGCUGAGCUGUAGUCAAUGAAUAGUAUUCUCACAUAGGUGUUCCUUUUGUCCAGGUGUGAAAGGGCAGUGUGGAGCGCAAUAGAGAUUGCAUCAUCUGUGGAUCUGUUGGGCGGUAUGCAAAUUGGAGUGGGUCUAGGGUUUCUUGGAUAAUGGUGUUGAUGUGAGCCAUGACCAGCCUUUCAAAGCACUUCAUGGCUACAGAUAUGAGUGCUACAGGUCGGUAGUCAUUUAGGCAGGUUACAUUAGUGUUCUUGGGCACAGGGACUAUAGUGGUCUGCUUGAAACAUAUUGGUAUUACAGACUCCGACAGGGAGAGGUGUAAAAUGUCAGUGAAGACACUUGCCAGUUGGUCAGCGCAUGGUCGGACUACACGUCCUGGUAAUCCGUCUGGCCCUGCGGCCUUGUGAAUGUUGACCUGUUUAAAGGUCUUACUCACAUCGGCUACGGAGAGCGUGAUCACACAGUCGUCCGGAACAGCUGAUGCUCUCAUGCAUGUUUCAGUGUUAUUUGCCUCGAAGUGAGCAUAGAAGUAAUUUAGCUCGUAUGGUAGGCUCGUGUCACUGGGCAUCUCGUGGCUGUGCUUCCCUUUGUAGUCUGUAAUAGUUUGCAAGCCCUGACACAUCCGACGAGCGUCAGAGCCGGUGUAGUACGAUUCGAUCUUAGUCCUGUAUUGACGCUUUGCCUGUUUGAUGGUUCGUCGGAGGGCAUAGCGGGAUUUCUAAUAAGCUUCCGGGUUAGAGUCCUACUCCUUGAAAGCGGCAGCUUUAGCUUGGUGCGGAUGUUGCCUGUAAUCCAUGGCUUCUGGUUGGGGUACGUACAGUCACUGUGGGGACGACGUCAUCGAUGCACUUAUUGAUGAAGCCAGUGACUGAUGUGGUGUACUCCUCAAUGCCAUCGGAAGAAUCCCGGAACAUAUUCCAGUCUGUGCUAGCAAAACAGUCCUGUAGCUUAGCAUCUGCUUCAUCUGACCACUUUUGACCGAGUCACUGGUGCUUCCUGCUUUAGUUUUUGCUUGUAAGCAGGAAUCAGGAGGGUAGAAAUAUGGUCAGAUUUGCCAAAUGGAGGGCGAGGGAGAGCUUUGUACUCGUCUCUGUGUGUGGAGUAAAGGUGGUCUAGAGUUUUUUUCCCUCUGGUUGCACAUUUAACAUGCUGGUAGAAAUUAGGUAAAACAGAUUUAAGCUUCCCUGCAUUAAAGUCCCCAGCCACUAGGAGCGCUGCCUCUGGAUGAGCGUUUUCCUGUUUGCUUAUGGCCGUAUACAGUUAAUUGAGUGCGGUCUAAGUGCCAGCAUCAGUUUGUGGUGGUAAAUAGACAGCUAUGAAGAAUAUAGAUGAAAACUCUCUUGGUAGAUAGUGUGGUCUACAGCUUAUCAUGAGAUACUCUUCCUCAGGCGAGCAAAACCUCGAGACUUCCUUAGAUAUCGUGCACCAGCUUUUGUUUACAAAUAUACAUAGACCGCCACCCCUUGUCUUACCAGAGGCUGCUGUUCUAUCCUGCCGAUACAGUGUAUAACCCGCCAGCUGUAUGUUAUCGUUCAGCCACGACUCGGUGAAACAUAAGAUAUUACAGUUUUUAAUGUCCGGUUGGCAGGAUAUUCGUGCCUGUAGUUCGUCCACUUUAUUAUCAAGCGAUUGUAAGUUGGCCAAUAGUAUCGAUGGCAAAGGCAGAUUAGCCACUUGUUGCCGGUUCCUUACCAAGCACCCCGAUCUCCUUCCGCAAUCUUAUUUUCUUUCUACUGCGAAUGACUGGGAUGAGGGCCCUGUCGGGUGUCUGGAGCAAAUCCCUCUCGUCCGACUCAUUAAAUAAAAAUUAUUUGUCCAGUUCAAGGUGAGUAAUCGCUGUGCUGAUGUCCAUUAACUAUUUUCGGUCAUAAGAGACGGUAGCAGCAACAUUAUGUACAAAAUAAGUUACAAACAAUACGAAAAAACACACCAAAUAGCACGGUUGGUUAAGAGUCCAUAAAACGGCAGCCAUCCCCUCCGGCGCCAUCUUCUGCCAGCUGGUAGAUCAGGCUGUUGAUUGUGGCCUGUGGAAUGUUGCCCCACUCCUCUUCAAUGGCUGUGCGAAGUUGCUGGAUAUUGCGGGGGAACUGGUACGCACUGUGGUACACAUCAAUCCAGAGCAUCCCAAACAUGCUCAAUGGGUGACAUGUCUGGUGAGUAUGCGGGCCAUGGAAGAACAUUUUCAGCUUCCAGGACUGGUGUACAGACCCUUGCGACAUGGGGCCGUGCAUUAUCAUGCUGAAACAUGAGGUGAUGGCGGCUGAUGAAUGGACGACAAUGGGCCUCAGGAUCUCGUCACGGUAUCUCAGUGCAUUCAAAUUGUCAUUGAUAAAAUGCAAUUGUGUUUGUUGUCCGUAGCUUAUGCCUGCCCAUACCAUAACCCCACCAUGGGGCACUUUGUUCACAACGAUGACAUCAGCAAACCGCUCACCAACAUGACGCCAUACACGUGGUCUGUAGUUAGACGUACUGCCAAAUUCUCUAAAAUUACGGAGGUGGCUUAUGGUAGAGCAGUGAACAGUCAAUUCUCUGGCAACAGCUCUGGUGGACAUUCCUGCAGUCAGCAUGCAAAUUGCACGCUCCCUCAAAACUUAAGACAUCUUACGGCAAAAUCUCCCUUAGUUCUGUUCUGUUACCAAACUUUGUAUCGGCACAGUUCUUCCUGUAAAAGUGUUUUUGUCAACUUUUCUGGGGAAAUUGUUAAAAGCAGUCCUUGUGCAUAGAAUUCUAUCGUUUGUUAAACUUUGAAAUCAAUGGUUUUUGUUUGGUAUACAUUCUAAAGUGAAAAACCUGAGUCUCAGCGUAAUUCCAUUACCAUGGAAUUGCCCUGUAGUAAGACGAGGGAGGGUCAAAUCAGUCCCGUGGUUGGGGGGAGACUGGUGUUCAGGAGGGUGCAGGCAUGUUCACAGAUAGGGGUCUACCUGUGCUCGAGUACCUGCCUCCUUUGCCCUCCCACUACCACUAGGUGGUGGUAUAUACACUGAGUAUACCAAAAAUCAGUAACACCUGCCCUCAGAACAGCCUCAAUUCAUUGGGGCAUGGACUCUAUAAGGUGUCGAAAGCAUUCCACAGGGAUGCUGGCCCAUGUUCACUCCAUUGCUUCCCACAGUUGUGUCAAGUUGGCUGAAUGACCUUUGGGUGGUGGACCAUUCUUGAUACACACAGGAAACUGUUGAGCGUGAAAAACCCAGGAGCGCUGCAGUUCUUGACACAAACCGGUACGCCUGGCACCUACUACCAUACCCUGUUCAAAAGGCACUUCAAUCUUUUGUCUUGCCCACUCAAUGCUUAAAAAUCCUUCUUUAACCUGUCUCCUCCCCUUCAUCUACACUGAUUUAAAGUGGAUUUAACAAGUGACAUCAAUAAGGGAUCAUACCUUUCACCUGGUUUUGCCUGGUCAGUCUAUGUCAUGGAAAGAGCAGGUGUUCUUAGUGUUUUGUAUACUCAAUGUAUAUAUGUUUUGUAUACAGUUUUUGUCGUCGUUGUUCUGAACCCUCUGCCCCCAAGUCGUUGUGAGGUUGUCAAGUUCGCCACUCCCCACCCCCAUCUCUGAAUUCAAAGACUGACCUGGAAUUUGAAUUGAAUUAAAUGGAAUGUACAGGUAGAGGGAAUUUAAUUAGAAUUUAAUUUGUGGAAUUAACCCCAACCCUGCUGUAUUAACUUUUAUUUAAAGCUUUUUCAUCAAACUGUCCCAUUUUCAUGUCAGAUGGUCCAGCACCAUCCUCAGAUAAUUGCUUAAAUUUUUAUGUAAUUCUAAUUUCUGGAUUCGGCUUUAAAUAGAGGAUAAAAUAUUAUUGUGUCACAUGAUUUGCAAAACACAGGGCCCUAACUUCAGGUAGAUAAACACAAUGGAUGAGAUUGUUGCAUUCCCAUUACCUAGUGAUCAUUUAAGUGCGCCAAAUCAAUUAUUACACCACAGAAGAUUGCAUGCAAACCUUCUGGUUGAAUGUUUUUGUCCAAAUCAGAUGGAGCUUCCACCCCACGAAGGACCGGUACUCUCUGUGGUCGACAUGCACACAGGUGGAGAGCCUUUGCGCAUUAUCCUAAGUGGUUACCCGGAGGUAAAGGGCGAGAGUGUGCUAUCCAAACGACGCUACGUGAGAGAGCAUCUGGACUACCUACGGAGAGCGUUGAUGUUCGAACCAAGGGGACACUAUGAUAUGUACGGAGCCCUGGUCGUGGAGAGUGAGAUACCUGAAGCCGACUUGGGGGUUCUUUUCAUGCACAAUGAAGGUUACAGUACCAUGUGUGGCCACGCAAUCAUUGCUCUUGGGAGGUUCGCUGUAGACUACAAACUUGUUCAAGAGCCAAGGUCGCCAGAGACGCAGGUGAAUAUACACUGUCCAUGUGGCCUGGUUAAGGCAUUUGUGGAGUACUCCAAUGGUAAAACCGGAGGUGUGAGGUUCCACAGUGUUCCAGCGUUUGCAUUUGCAACAGGUAAGUUACGUUCUUUGCUAACAAUCAUUUCAAUACAUAGUAAUAUUGCAUAUAGCGUUGCAAUGAGGAAAUAUGGAUCUGUGUUCUGUGAUAAUUUAAAACGGACUCUAGUAGAAUACAAGGUAUCACCAUCUCAAAUUACUUUACACUAUGCUGGCUGCUGGAGGUUGGUUGCCUUUUGCUAUUGAGGCUAAAUCUCUUUUUAUCAGAUGUGAUUGUAGCUGUGCCUGGGCAUGAUGAAGUCACUGUUGAUAUAAGCUACGGAGGAGCAUUCUAUGCAUUUGUAAGUGCAGAGAGAUUUGGCCUGGACAUCAUCAAGUCCAAGACCAGGGAUCUGGUGGAUGCAGCUACUGCAGUGACCAACUCUGUCAAAUCUCAGGUAAGGAUUUGUUCUAGCCCAACUGUAAAUUUGCAGUUUAACGGCCACUCAACGUUCACCUCAAUGUCCUGAAUCCUGCAACCUAGGAGAUUAGUAACCCUGUGAAUGUGUGGAUCCCCUAGGUGAAACUGCACCACCCAACCAGUGAGGACCUAGCCUUCCUCUAUGGCACCAUCCUCACGGACGGAAAAGAUGCCUAUUCCCAAGAGCCCACUGCUAACAUGUGUGUGUUUGCAGAUGCCCAGGUACAACAAACUUGAACUCCUGCCACGGUACAGUAGCCUUAAACAGAAGCUACUGUACAUGAUACCUAUGAUACCAGUCAUAUCACCACAUGAUUUGAAGUAAGGUUUAAAAUAAAAGUAAAGGCAAGCAUAGAUAAACAUUGGAGACAGAAGUAGACAGUGAUUUGUAAAUAAUAGUCCUUUGAUAUCCAAAUUAGAAGAGUUUAAGUUAAUUGCAACUAUAGCAAGACAUCUUUCAUGAAUGUGGUCUGAUUUUGUUUCCCUUUUGGUUGUCUGACACGUCACAUGGGCUAGGUGGACAGAAGCCCUACAGGUUCAGGGGUCACUGCCCGUGUGGCUCUCCAGUACCAUAAAGGCCUCAUCCAACUCAAUCAGACUAGGCACUUCCAGAGCGGGGCCACAGGAUCUCUGUUCACUGGCAAAGCAGUUCAGGUACGAGGGCCGUCUCCAAUAUAUUUUCAUGCCUCUAAAAGCCUUUUUGGAAGUUUUCAAUUAAGCUUGGUUUCAUCAACACAAUGAUAUCUCAAAUGGAUGUUUUGUCUUGUUAUAUUGAUAUUCAUUUCAGGAUAGCAGAAGGGCUGUAUGCACUAUGCAGACUUGAUAGUGCUGCAGGUGCAAAGGAGCAAAUAAGAGCAUACUGUACAUGGGGGGGAGAAAUACUGAUAACUGCGUCUUUGCAAAACACAGCAUUUCGAUCACUGAUCUUCGAAGGCCACUGACUUGUUGCUGCGCUCUGUAGUGUUUACAUUACUGAAUAAUUGGUGCAAUGAUUGCAAAGACAUUUGACACACACACAUAAAAGCUUUCCCCAAACUAGUACAAUAAUAGUACAGCAUGUUAAAUUCUAUUUUUAUGCAGAUUCUAUUUAAAGCAAAGUUCUAUAAUUGUCUACCUGAAAUGCACCCAAUUACUUUUCUCUCCAUUUUGCAUAGGAAACCAUAUGUGGAGAUUUCAAGGCUGUGGUGGUUGAGGUGGCUGGCAGAGCACACUACACUGGCGUGGCCAGCUUUGUGCAGGAAAGUGACGACAAGCUAAAACUUGGUUUCCUCCUGAAAUAAGAGCAGCUACCAUUGUCCAUAACAACGUUUGAGUGCAUCUCCAGCCAAGAAAAGCAGAGGACCAUAAGAGUUCAAAUAAAUUGUAAAAAAUGUUAUAGAUGGGCAAUACUUUCUGACCAAUGAGAUUCCACAUGUUGGGGUUUACACUGCAUCUUGUGCAAAUGCUUUAUAAUUUACUCAUGAUGAAUUAAUCUGCAGCAUUGGGAAUUAGUUUUGUCCAGAUGAUCUUUCGUUCUCUAUCCUGAGAUCUACUAUUGUAACUUAAGGUGCUAUGUUGACUUCUUGAAAGGAUGUAAUUUCCUGUGAAAACUUUUUGGGAUUUUCAUGUUGCUAUAUGUUGCUGAGGGGUUACAGUUUUUAUUUAUUAUAACAGACAUUUUAUAUUUUAAAGAGCUCAGUUAGAGGAACUGAACCAAAAAAUGUUUCGCUCUGCGACAGAGGAGAACCAAUUGGUAAAAAAGCACAGCCCCCUUCAUUAUCAAUGCAUCGUGCCUACAACAUCAGGAAGAGCAUGUGUUUGAUACCAUUCAACUCCAGCCAUUACCACGAGCCCG